CACAAACAUGCCAACGACAAGAAAGCACAUUUUUACUGAAUUGCGCAAAGUAUCCAUGCCUUCCACUAAUGAUUAAUCAUCUCUAUAUGUUAAUCAUUAUACAAACUUAAAAGUCUAGGAUACCGCGCAAAGGCUCAUCAUUAACACAGAACUUCAGAAGGGACACAGACAAACAAUGCAGCUUUUUACUUUGCUACUUAUAGCAAUAUGCUUCUCACCAGCGGUAUUUGCAGGUGGAAAGAAAAAAUGUCGCAAAUAUCCAAAUGCACCCGGCUGUUCUCCACCAGAUGAUGACGAGGAUGAUAAUCCUGACAAACCACCACUUAAAACGGGACCAAAGUACGUAACGUCAGGAGUAGCAGAUAAACCAAGUAGUGGACCAAGGGCAAAUAGCCUAACGAGUUUAUCAGGCUCGGGACAGUCAUCGGCUUUGUUUUCUGUGCUGGGGCUCAGUACUCCGUGUGGCUACUGGGUUAUCACACAGACAAGUACUCGGGAAUAUGCUGGCUCAUGGGAUCCAUAUGGGAUUCGAUUUUGGAACAAUGCCGAAGCGGGUGCUUCUCUUAAAUUUCCCAUAAACAAUGGCCGGAAUGACAAAGAACCUGGCUCUUGGGACGCAUAUGGUGUUAUCCAGCGUUCAUAUAUUCCGUUACCGCCCACGUGGAUAAGACUCUCAAACGAAUCGGGCAAAUCCGUGAACGAUAUGGACAACUGGAAAGUAAAGAGGGUCCUCGUGUUUGACACGUGCUUUGGGAAGAUAUACGAAUUUGAAGCCAACUCGUGGGUGGUGCGCCGUCAGAAAAAUUAUCUGUGGAUUGAGCGCACUUUUGCAAGUUCAUUCUAAUCAGCUGAAACUACAAAAAUACAAUGUAUUAUGAAAUACUGAUAUAUUGGUAUAAUACAAUGUAUUAUAAAAUACUGAUGUGUUGGUAUAAUACAAUAUAUUGUGUCACUGUUUGGUAAUUAUAUGUAAUAAAGAAGAGUAAUAAAAC